AUGCGUGCGAUCUGUAUUUAAUUCGGGUCGUUUGGAAUUAUUUGGCUAUCGCUGUUGAUUCGGCGAAGCAAUCGCGGGGGGAUGGAGGAGUUAUUGAUUCGAUCAUCGCGCCGCGGAUUCCCCGAUUCUUGGUCGAAUUCGCUCAUUUCUUGGGAGGGUUUCCCAUGCUGGGGUUUGUUGAUUCGGUAGAUCUUUGCUGGGAAAGGGGAUUUGGGCGCGUGUUCGUGUUGUAAUCUUGACCUUGUUCUUCAGUUUUUGCCAUUAGCGUGCGUAUGACCCUCCAACUUUCCCCUUUUACGAUUGUUAGGGUUUCUUGGCUGUUUGUUGUUUGCUAGGUUCUUUGCGGAGCUGAGGUGAGUAUCGGCAUCAAAGAUAGCAUGAGUACAGUCAGUGGCACAAGGCGUACCCCGAGGAGACAGUCACAAGAUGGGUCUGCUGAUAAAGUGGUUGUGAACUUGGAGGCAAUCUCCCCAUCAGUGGGGAGCCGUCGUGGAGUACCGACUGCUGUUGCUGGCGCAUGCACCUCACCUAUUGAUGUGGAUGCCAUAGAAGAUGAAGUGCAGGCAGUAUCGCCCUCGCGAGUGCCCCCUCAAAGGAGGAACAAGAGGACCAGGAGGCAACCUGUAACAGUGGUUGACUUGGAGGUAGAUGCUAGCCGGGAAGGUUACAAGCGUCAGAGGGUUGUACCUGUAGUACAUCGCCUCUCUCCAGAUAGGGGAGAAGGUUCCAGCAUGCAGUCAAAUAAUGUAGUGCAAACUGGCAAAGAGCCUGCUAAAGAGGCUCCCAAGGAACCAAUUUUUACCUGCCCAGUAUGUUGGAACAAUUUGGAUGAGCCUUCCACGACAAUUUGUGGCCAUAUCUUCUGUGCGGGGUGCAUCAAGCAAGCCAUCAAGGUUCAGAAGAAAUGUCCAACUUGCAGGAGGAGCCUGAGAGCAAACAAUUUCCACCGUAUUUACCUUCCUAACUCUGGUAGUUAAGGUCGAUUGGCUGCGUCAAUGGAACCUCUGGUCAUCAGCCGAUUGCGACAACUAAGAUGGCCUCCGCCACCAAUGGAUUGAAUUUGAGUCUACUCUCUUGUUGCCUCAGCUUCAGAAUGUUAUGGUGUGUUGUAUUGUAUCAGGCUAUUGGCCCUAGUUGAUUAGUGCAACUGAGAUUUGCUUCAAGUUGAAAUGGCAUUAAAAUUAGCGUUUAUGAAUA